CUCGCCCCCUCCCUUCCCUUUCCCACUACAGGAAGUCAACUUGCCUAAGGUGCUCGGUUCUUCACCCGAAGCUAAGGCCCGCAAUCCGGCGACUAGCACCCUCGAAUUUAGGCAUCCGACGCCGUAAUCGUGAAAACAAAUAUCUACGAUGGCCUCCGUGUCCGAACUUGCCUGUAUUUACUCGGCCCUCAUCCUCCACGACGAUGAAGUCACGGUCACCGAGGACAAGCUCCACGCCCUCAUCAAGGCUGCUGGAGUGACUGUUGAGCCUUUCUGGCCCAGUCUGUUCGCCAAAGCUCUGUCCAGCGUAGACAUCGGCAGCCUCAUCUCCAACGUCGGUGCUGGAGGUGGAGCUCCUGCCGCCGCCGCAGCCCCUGCUGCUGGAGUUGCCGCCACUGCAGCUGCCCCAGCCAAGGCCGAGGAGAAAAAAGAAGAGAAGAAGGAAGAGUCGGAGGAGUCCGAUGACGACAUGGGCUUCGGUCUCUUUGAUUAAAUGGUUGUUUUUCUAAAAACACAAUAAAAUUGUUGAAAAAGUUA